AUGAAGAUCAUUUCCUUUUCACAAACAUUGCUUGUAGCUUCAAUAGCGUACGGUGUAACUGAUGGUGCCACAACAAGGCGAAGUGCACAGCUCACUCAGGGUUCAACUUGGACACUGGAGGCCUGGGGCCCUCCGGACUCUUACACGAAUGGUAAAACUGAUAUGAUCGAUGUGGAUUUCAUGACCAAGUCUAAAUCGUAUAUAGAGUCAUUGGUGAAAGGUGGCCAGACUGUGGUUUGCUAUAUUUCUGCAGGGACUGCUGAGGAGUGGCGCCCAGAUUAUCUAGCGCUAGAAGAGUAUUGCUCAAGUGACUCUGGCUACAGCCGUGAGUGUUGGUUGGAUAUCACUAAGUGGAAGUCAUGGCGGCAUUUGAUGAAGAAUCGUUUGGAAAGUGCACAAGAGAAAGGUUGUAUGGGAAUAGAACCGGACAAUACUGAUAGCCACAGCCACGAUUCAGUACCUGGGAAAACUAAGAAAGAAAUGACCACGUAUAUGGUGGAAUACGUCAAAUGGCUGGCCGAAGAAACGCAUAAUCUGGGCAUGAUAAUUGGACUGAAAAAUACCCUUGAUUUGAUCCCGGAGUUGGUCGAUCAUGUUGACUUUGCAAUCAAUGAAUCGUGUCAAAAAUAUGCUAAAUACGAUGAAUGCGCAUUGUAUGAACCGUUUGUGGAGCAGAAUAAGGCUGUGUUCGCUGUGGAAUGGAGUACGGAGGGUGAUUGUAGUGAUGCCGCGAAAAUGGGCCUUGCACGCAAAUAUGAACGUAAUGGAGAAUGGAUUGACUGCUGA